AUGGGUUCCCAAAUUGAUAUUUAUUUUUCGGAAAUAGAUGCUCUAAUUAAAUUUCAACUCGAAGAUAACGUUCAAAAUCAUUCCGAAAUUAAACGAAAAUUUAGAGGGGUACUAGGAUUAAUUAAUGAAAUAGAAGUUGAUGACGAGAAUCAAUAUGGAUUAUAUAAAUACGAAUAUCAUAAAACUUAUUAUAGUUAUUUAAAAGCGAAUGAUGAUAUGGAAGGUGCUAAUAAACAAAAAAUAUUAGCGGAAAGAUACGAAAAAUAUACAAAUACUCGUACCGAGGAAACUCAAUACGUAUUACAUCCGAGUGUGGAUUUUAUAGCGUCAAAUGACAUCAAUCAGGAUUGUAAUCUUAAAACAGAAAUUUUAGAAGAGUUAAAGCAGAUCAGCCCAAUUUUAGAAGAUGAAUUGGUUGAAAUUAAUAUAGUGGAUAAACUUACUAGUGAGAUACAACAGAUUUUUAAAAAACUUAGUGGGAUAACCAAGACCUUUGAAGGUUAUCAAGAAGCAAUAAAUUGCGAGUUCCAUAUGCAUAAGUUAGCAGAUAGGCUAAUUAAUGAAAAGUUAAUUAUUCUAAAAGCUAAUAACAAUAGUGAAGAAGAAAAUAAGUCUUCAAGAAUCGAAAACGUUAGCAUGGAAUUGAUAGAUCAUUUGAAAUGCUUAAAAUUACUCGCGCAUAAAGAUGCCUAUUCAAAAAGAAAAGAAUUUAUAUCAUUUUUAUCGAAUUCUUCAAAUAAAAUAGAAAUUUUAUUUAAAAAUGUUAUAAAUACAGAAGAGGAGAUUAAUAGACGUGCUAGAAUUCUUGGUUCAUGUUUUCAUCCAGAUAGAACCAAAAAUCCAAAAUGUCCAUAUGUGCUUCAUGAAAUAUAUAAAAGUCAAGGCGAUGAGUUAUUUAGACUUAUUUCAAAGUUCAAAGAACAUUUAUUAAAUGAGUUGAAAAAAACUUUAGAACUAAAAGACCAUGAAAAUUACGGAAAUGAGCUUUGGAAAAUUACUAUUGACUAUCAUAACGCAUCAAAGGAAACUGAAAGUAUUAAAGAAAGACGAUAUCAAAGAGCUCUCUUCUGA